AUGCUUCGUUUCGUGGCCUUGGCACUCGCAAGCCAAUGCAGGCAUAUCCUUGCAGAUGAGUCAUGGCAGGACACACCGAUUUUGACUUCCUUGUGGCAAGCGACCUCCAACAAUGACAACGACGCAAUUGAUAGGCUUCUGGAUAGCAGUGAGUCUGCGGUUUCCUCCCGUUCAGGGGAUGGCCGUGGUCUAGCCUGGUGGGCUUGGGAGUUCCAAAAUGAGUAUGUCCUUGGAUCCAUCCUGGCCUACGGUGGCGACAUCCUCUCUGAAGAUGAGGAUGAAUCCGGCAAGGCCGCCAUGGCCAUGUGCACAGAGAAUCCGGACUGCAAUAAAGACAGCCUUGUACAGAAGGCCAAAAGCAUGAUGGAGGACCUCAAGAAGCGCAAGGAGCAGAGAGCAGCAGACAGAGAGAAGGAUGACUUCGAUGACGAAGAAGACGAAGAGCUGGGAGAUGACGAGUUCUGA